UUAAAGUUUGAAACGUUUUUAUUUUUACUUUAUUUACAAAAUAUUUACAUACAUCACAAACCCACAAUAUCAUAUUGUAAUAUAAGUUUAUAUUUGUAAUUCUUUAUGUUAUCAACUAUCUCGGAUGAAUGCAAUUAAUAAACGCCCAGCUGAGUGUAUAAAGCUGUUUCCUUCGUUGCAUAAUAUGCUACAAUAUAAAAUAUAAAAGGAUUAUAGUGCUGAUGCUUUUGAGUAUUAUGAUUUUAAAAUUCAGUUAUUAACAGAAAAACAGUUGACUCGACCAUAUGUAGACCAGAAAUUAUUUGACUUGAAACUUAAAAGUUGAAUUGAAUUAGAGAGGAGUAAUGGAGUUGAGCAGUACCACCAUUAGCAGUACCAUUAGUACCACGAUGAUGGCGGGUGCCGUGGUGCAAGAAUCCAUCGAGAACACAAUAGCUCCAACCAGGAACCAAUGUCACUACGUAAUGACGCUGCCUUACAAAGAAAGGUGUGAUUUUGUGAUGAGUACGGACGACUGCGGAGCUGAUGGGUCAGUGCUCAUGAACACCUUCCGUUUCAUAUUUUGUGAUUUUAGCGAAGAGCAGUCCUACAUCGGCAUUAUAAUAACAGUUUGCGUUAUGGCAUUUGUAUUUAUUACAACGGCAUUCGUUGCAGAUGGCUUCAUAUGCACCAACUUAGCCGUUAUUUCAAGAAGCCUAAAACUUCCUGAUAGUAUAGCUGGAGUGACCCUGCUAGCCUUGGGAAAUGGGAUACCUGACCUUUUCACUGCUUUUGCUGGAGCAGAGCUUAAUCAUCCUGAAAUAUUGUUCUCAUCACUCACUGGUGCUGCGCUGUUUGAUGUAACCAUUGCUGCUGGUUGUGUAAUUUUUUUGCGACCAUUUUAUAUUGAUUCAUUUACCUGGUGGAACGUGAUUUUCUAUUUACUAAGCUAUGGCACACUGUUUUGUGGAUUUUAUUUCAGAAACCUUAGUGUGUGGCACAGUGUUGGAAUUAUAUCAAUCUAUGUAUGUUAUGGAGUGUUUACUGUAACCCACUUUGUUCUUUCUGGACCUCAUGAAGAAACCGAACCAAUAGACGAAACAGAUGAGGAACAUUUGAUUCAAAUAGCCAAAGCUAAAACUUUUACACUCCCUCCAACAAGUCGUGGAACAUUGCAGAGUACAGUAGAACUUUUGAAAGCAAUGGAAAGGUCUAGAUUAUACAGAGUAAUGGGAUAUAGGUAUUCAAUUAGAAGAUCGGCUGAUUUCGGUUACAGCUGGCGUCGUCCAAAGCAUCUUAUAAUUGAAUUUCUUAAUUUCCUCGAUUUCAGGGAUAAUUAUGACUGGUAUGAGGGCUCUGCUUGUCAAAAAAUUGCUGUUAUUGUUCAGCUACCGUGGAUUAUUGGUCUCAAAUUUUUGAUUCCAGCAGUAAUUCCUGGUAUAUUAAUUAAUGAUGGAUGGUGCAAACUUUUGGCUAUGAUAAAUUCUUUAAUUUACUUUGAUCUUCUAUUAUAUUGUUUUGGAGUUUCUGACAAGGAAAUUGGCCCCUUUCAACUAUGGCAAUAUGGACUUGUACUUGGUCUACUGUUUUUCUUUUUAAUACUCUUCACCUCUAGAACAAGCCUGAAGCCCAAAUAUCAUACAGUUUUUGCAUAUGCUGGCUUUAUAGCUGCUAUAGGUGUGUGUCGCCUGUUAUGUACUGAAAUAGUGGUUAGUUUACAAGCAAUUGGGGCGAGAUUAUCAUUGAGCACCACGUGGCUUGCUUUAACUAUUCUUGCAUGGGGAAACAGUGUUACAGAUUUCGUUUCUGCAGCCAGUUUAUCUAGGCAAGGGUUGCAAAACAUGGGUUAUGCAUCAUUAUACGGAGGUCCCAUGUUCAACUGCUCUGUUGGUGUAGCUUUGGUGUAUUUUAUAGUAUAUUUUCAAGGAAAACCCUUACAUGCGUUCUAUGGAGUGCUGAGCCCAGUUGGUGCCUUAUUUCUCUUAAUAGCUUUGUUCUCAACAGCCAUAUUGAUGCCAACUAUUAAUUUUGAAGGAAGACGUGUUAUGGGGUUAUACCUUAUUAUACUCUAUUGUAUGUUCUUUUUCUUAUGUAUAUUAAUGGAAACUGUAAUUCAUCCUUUUGGGACGCAGUACAAACUGGUUCCAAAGGUUACUUAA